UUAAAUACGCUACAAUUACAAUUGCUUUCGUUUUACUAACAUUAAGUUUUAGCUUGUUCAUAUUGAAAUAUAUAUUGACAUUUUUCAAGUUUUCAUUUAACCGAGUAAUACAUUCCUGACAUGAAUCUCCGGUCGUAUACAGUAACGUGUCAUCAGCAAAUUGGCAGAUCCUUACUCCCUGUAGUAUAUUUUCCAUAUAUUAUGUAUAUUAAAAAGAGUAAAGUACAAAGCACUGCGCCUUGGGGUACACCUAGCAUUACUGGCCGAGGACUCGAGACGGUUUCGGAGACUUUGGUGCACUGCCAUCUGAUGCUUAAGAUAUCCCUAUCAAUUGUUUCGAAAGCUCGCUUGAAAUCCAAAAAUACAGCAACUAUACAAUUUCCUUCGUUCAUUUCUGAUUUCCAAUGUGAUACUACUAAAUUUAGCGCCGUCUCGCAGCUGUGGCGUUGUCGGAAUCCCGAUUGGGGUUCAGAGAUCAGAUGA